AUGAAUUUAUGUCUGUUUCAGGGAGGUUUGAGCUCAGGUUACAAAAAAUUAGUAGCAGAUAAAGGCUUGCAAGAUGAGACAUACACAGCAGAAAGUGUCGCGCUUAUUCAAAUUUCUAGAACUGCCAUACAUAAUAACAAUGCAGUGCAAGUUGAUGCAGUGGCAGCGUCAUUGAAUUCUGCUGAGUGUUUUGUCCUUCAAUCUGGCUCUACAAUGUUCACUUGGCAUGGCAAUCAAUCCUCCUUUGAGCAGCAGCAGCAGCUAACAGCUAAAGUUGCGGAGUUUUUAAAGCCUGGAGUUGCUUUAAAGCAUGCUAAAGAAGGAACAGAAAGCUCUGCUUUCUGGUUUGCUCUUGGAGGAAAACAGAGUUACACCAGCUUUCUGGUUUGCUCUGCCUUGUCUAAUUCCUUUAAUUCAUCUUUUGAUAUGACAUCCAGUAUGUCACAGGAUAGAUUGAAUGGGCUGAAUCAAGGAGGACCAAGACAAAGAGCAGAAGCUUUGGCUGAUUUAAACUAUGCAUUUAAAUCAUCAUCCGGAACCAAAAGUUCUAGCCCUAAGACAACUGGAAGAAGUCAAGGAUCAUCGCCACCGCCGCCACCUUCAAUGUCUUCGGAUGAGGACUAUGAUGAUGAUGAGGAUGAAGAUGACACUGAAGACUAUAGCUGAUAGUUUUAGUAUGGUUGAACAAUAU